UCGCUCGCGACGGUCAUACCGCAACCGGAGUUCGUUACGGAAGCGAAAAGUUACGCUCGGGCUAAUCUUUAGCUCUGAUUCCAGCUUGACGAGGGUUAAACGAUCUCACCCUUCUCUGCGGCAGUGUUAAUCAACAUGACGAACCAGGAACGGAAAGUGAUCAAGAAUCUGGCGCUGUUGCCGAUCGAGGAAAAGGAACAGUUUUUCGAUUCCUUUGACAUGAUUCAAACGGACUGUGAUGGUGUGCUGUGGAUGCUAAGGGAUCCUUAUCCGGGAGUUGGCCUGGCUAUACGAACCCUUCGAAACAACGGCAAACGGGUGGUGUACGUCUCGAACAACAGUGUCCGGACGAUGGCCGAUUACCGGGGCAAACUGGAACAGUUGACGGAAGGCGCGCUGGAUGAGCGAGAUAUUAUCCAUCCGGCCAAGGUCAUCAUCGAGUUCCUGCAGUGGAGGAAGUUCGAGGGUCUCUGCUACGUUAUUGGCAGCUCAAAUUUCAAAAGCUGUCUCCGUGAGGCCGGAUUCCAGGUUCUCGAUGGCCCCAAUGAACCAGUUACGGAAUCGAUAGCAGUCGUAGCGCCCAUCAUCUCCGAUAAGCAACCGGUGAAGGCGGUGAUAGUAGACUUCGAUUACAACUGCAACAACAUUAAGCUGCUGAGGGCGCAGCUCUAUCUACAGAGCAACCCGGAUUGUUGGUUCAUUGCCGGAGCGAUGGACAAGAUACUUCCGGUUGGUCCAGCCAUGCGUCUCAUCGGUCCCGGCUGCUUCGUGGACGUGUUGUCGCAGUCGACCGGUCGCAAACCGUACAUUCUCGGUAAACCCGGGUACGAAAUGAGCCAGGUGAUGAAACGAUUACAGCCCGUGGAGAAUCCGCGCCGCGUACUGUUUGUCGGAGACCAGCCCGAGCUCGAUAUGAAGUUUGGAAGUGUUUCGGGAUUUCAAACGUUGCUCGUUGGUACGGGCGGUGUAACACCAGACACUCUUGAAGAUGCAGGUCGGGAUGUGGAAACCGUGCCGGAUUAUUACAUCCCAGCAUUCGCUGACCUAGAGCAACUCGUGCUCGAUGUGCUCGCUUACAAGGCAAAAGUGAACAAAAGUGCUGCUUUAUAAUGACAGAGGCGAAGAAACGAAGCUUCCUUGGUAGAGUGGUGAAAUGUUUUACUUUGUUAUGCAUUUGGUAUCUGAUAAGAUGUAGUUGGUGAUAAACUUGUACGCUUUUUCGGCGAGCCAUAGGCGCUACCUUUUCGUAUGUAAAUGUGCUAGAGUUGGCGUCUAAAAACCAACUAUACAUGCCAAUAAUGUCGCAUAUUUUAUCUUAUCAGGUCAUGCGGAAUUGAGGUUGCGUAAGAAGCACUUAUCAACCAUUGCUCUAGCAUUACGAUUAUCUUAAAGGGCCGUAGGGUUCAGAUCUGGUAUGAAGGUUUCUCCACAAACAAUAUUACAACAAAAUUGUGUUUAAAUUAAAGCGCGAGCGAAAGUAACACCUUGAAUGAACAGGACACACACCGUGGAGUAAACGGCAUGCUGCCACGAGGAUUUGUUAUUGGUUUUUUUAAUUA